AUGACCCAAACGGAGGGCAGAAGAGUGGAUGAGCAGCAACGAGCGACCAGCACUGCGGGAAAGCAAGGCGUUCGGGCACCAGCGUCAAUUGGAUUCAAUUCGCUGACAAAAGCCUGGGUGUGGCUUGGAGCGAAUGAGGUCGAAGGGUGCAAUGGUAGGGUGGAUGGGAUCCGUGACAGGGAUGCUGCAGCUCUGAAGUCGCACCGGGCUGUUCCCGUCGUUUCUGCAGAAGCCGCUGGAGAGGUGAAUGAAGCAGCCACGGAUUUAGGAGGACACCACGUUCGACGUACGAACGAGGAAAGAUAUGGAUAUCAAUCCCGAGUGGAGGGAGUUUGGUAUGGGAUGAAGGGACUGAAGGCAGGGUUGGGUUGUUUCAAGAGUGCACAGGACUCUCUUUGGGUGGAGGGGCCCGAAGGGAAAACGGGCGGAGGGGCAAAAGCUGAACAACCACAAAAAAACCCAAAUCCAGUACAGGUCUGA